AACUUCGGUGGAUGGUCCAUUUACGGGAAUUGGUCUGCAGAGAACUAUGACUUCUUUGAAGACCUUGUCGUAAGCAAAAUUGAAUAUGGCUCGGGAGCCUUGUUCUCCUGGGGUGUUGCUGAAAAUGAUAAGAAUUCGUCAUCACAUAUUUUACAAUUUGACCAGGGAGGGCUCACUCUUGCAGCUCGGAAUUCAUAUCUAAAUGAGUCAGAAAAAGAGGUUUUGGAUGCCUAUGAACAAUAUAUUGUAAAGGUUGGAAUACUCCUUGGAGGAGAGGAAGAGGCCACUAAGAAUGCUGCUGCUGGGAUCUUACACAUUGAACAGAAAUUAGCUGCCAUCACAACACCAGAUGAAGAGAGAAGAGAUGAUGAUAAGAUGUAUCACCUUAUGAUGAUAGAGGAUCUCAAUAAAUUAUCAAAAGCUAUUGACUGGGGAAAGUUUAUAAACAAAGCAUUUAGCAAAAUUGAAAAGAAAUUGGACAGUAAAGAACACAUAGUAGUUUAUGCCAAAGAAUUCCUUUCAAAUCUUACAGUAAUUAUUAAAAAUAUUACUGAGACGGAGCAAGGAAAAAUAAACCUCCACAACUACAUGGUAUGGCAAGUAGCAAAGAAUUUUGUAGGUUAUCUCUCCCAGGACUUCCGAGAAGCUGUAAAAGACCUUGAAAAAGCUCAGAUGGGGGUGACAGGAACAGAAGAAUUGUGGAGAGAAUGUGUCGUUGCGACAGAUGCUGCGAUUGGACCUGCUCUUGGUGCCAUGUAUGUACGGAAAGCAUUCCAAGGAAGCUCAAAAUCCAUGGCAGAAGACAUGAUUCAAAGAAUUCGGAAAACCUUUAAAGAAAGUCUUCAAUCUCUUAAAUGGAUGGAUGAGGAGACAAAAGCAGCAGCCAUUGAAAAAGUUGACGCCAUAACUGAAAUGAUUGGUUAUCCAGAGUACAUUCUGAACCCAACAGAAUUGGAUGAUAAAUAUGAAAAUCUGGAAAUAAUGGAAAAUGAUUUCUUUCAAAAUAAUGUUCGUGUAAAUAACUUCAACAUCCGAGAAAACUUGAAACGUUUAUUUAAACCAGUUAAUAAGACACGUUGGGAUAUGUCACCACCAACAGUUAAUGCUUAUUACUCUCCAACAAGGAAUGACAUUGUAUUUCCAGCUGGGAUAUUACAAGCCCCAAUAUUUGACCACAAUAACUCUAAAUCUCUUAACUACGGUGCAGUUGGAGUUGUCAUGGGCCAUGAACUAGCACAUGCUUUUGAUGACCAAGGAAGGAAGUAUGAUAAGAAUGGAAAUUUGGAUAAGUGGUGGCGUGAAGAAACAACAAAAAAGUUUGAAAAUUUGACGCAUUGCAUGGUGAAUCAGUAUUCUCAGUAUGAGCUUCGUGGAGAACACCUUAAUGGAAACCUGACACUAGGUGAAAAUAUAGCAGACAAUGCAGGGCUGAAAGCAAGCUACCGUGCAUACCAGCAGUGGGUUGAGGAGAAUGGCAAUGAGGCACCAUUGCCUGGUAUUCAGCUCACCCACAAUCAACUGUUUUUCUUAGGUUUUGCUCAGGUUUGGUGCUCUGCCAUUACAAAGGAAGCGGCUCAUCUGGAAAUCAUGAAAGACUCCCAUGUCCCAGGGGAGUUCAGGGUCUACGGAUCUUUAAGUAACUCUCCAGAUUUUGCCGAAGUCUUUAAAUGCAAGGAGAAUGCAAAUAUGAAUCCAAAAAAGAAAUGUUCCAUUUGGUAAAAGCGAUUUUGUAUGUUUGUCUUCUUUUAAGGUUUUUCUGUUUGAGAAAAUGCACUUGUGUAAGCAUCCUUACUUAGCUUUUUCUCAAUCUCCCACACACACACAUGCAUAGAUGGCUACAGGCACACGUGAGUGAUCCUAGUGGUCACGUACACGCAGACAUACACACACACACACACACACACACACACACACACACACACACACCAACACACACACACACACACA